UCAUGCUGCUGCCAGGUCCACAGUGUCUCAUGGGUCCCUGUACGGCCCCCCAUUGCUGCUGUCUCCAUCGCACACUCUGCCUGUGCCACUUUCAGGUCUACCUCACAAAUGUGGUGGGUUUCCAUUUUGUCAUAGGGUGCUGGUCACUUGUACGGCCUCCCAUUGCUGCUGCCAGGCCCCGUAAUCUGCCAUGGGCCUCCGUACCGCCUCCUCAUGCUGCUGCCAGGUCCAGAGUGUCUCUGGGUCCUGUAGUUACGGCCUCCCAUUGCUGCUGUCUCCAUCGCCACACUCUGCCAUGUGCCACUUUCAGG